AUGAAAAGCCCCUCCAAAAUAGCUGACGUGCUUCAAAUGGCAGAUGCGUUCAUCAGAACGGAAGAGUUCAACAAGGCAGCUGUAAGGUUGAAAGGUCCCUCGGAUACGAGGGAUACCAAGAUGAAUCAGAGUAAGCCCGAGGGCAACUCAAGAAAGGGGAAAGAGAAGGUGGGCGCGAGAGAGGCAAGCCCAAAGAGAGACGGGAGGAAGGGUGAAUUUCAACCCAAAUAUACCAACUACACUCCACUCACCAUACCCCGAAGAGAAAUCUUCAGCCUCCACAAGGACGAUGAAAAGUGGAAGCUACCAGACAAACUCAGAUCGAACCCCCUUCGUAGAAACAAGAACAAGUGGUGUGAGUUCCACGAUGACUUCGGCCAUACCACCGAGGAGUGCAACUCGCUGAAGGACAACAUCGAGGACCUCAUCCGCCGAGGCUACCUAAAGCAAUACUUGCUCGAUCGAAGAACGGAGAGGGAAGAAAAGGAAAAAGCAACGUCUGGAAAACUACAAGAGCAGGCCCAGAGAAGAGUCCAUGAGACCGAAGGGCAAAAGAAAAAACCAAUCGUUGUGGUGUUUGGAGGGCAAAGAUCCGGCCACGCCAGCAAGCAACACUUGAGGGCUCUCUCCCACCGAGUCAACUUCAGCACCGUAGGGGAGAACCAGCCUACACCCCCGAACGUGACUUUUACUGCUGAUGAUUGCCUCGGUACCCAGUACAAACACGACGACCCGUUGGUAAUUGAAAUGGAUCUCAAUAACCACAACGUUCACAGAGUACUGGUCGAUGGAGGAAACGCCGUCAACAUCAUCUUCUGA